CGAAAGACAGAGUUUCGCGCGCUCUUGGGCUAUAGGGAUUUCGGUGCUUUUCAUUCUUGUUCCCCGUGUCUGUUACAUUACUUUCAGUUAUAAUGUCGGGAUUUGACGAUCUUGGAAUCUACUACAGCGAUAGUUUUGGUGGAGAGCAGCCGGUGGGUGACGAUGGACAGGCCAAGAAAUCGCAACUUAAGAAGCGUUUCAGAGAGUUCCUCAGGCAGUACCGGGUCGGCACCGAUCGCACGGGCUUCACUUUCAAAUACAGAGAUGAACUCAAGCGUCACUAUAAUCUUGGAGAAUACUGGAUAGAGGUGGAAAUGGAGGACCUGGCUAGCUUUGAUGAGGACCUUGCAGACUAUCUAUAUAAGCAGCCAACUGAACAUCUGCAGUUGCUGGAAGAGGCAGCCCAGGAAGUAGCAGAUGAGGUGACUCGCCCACGACCUGCAGGUGAAGAGACUAUCCAGGAAAUCCAAGUUAUGUUGCGAUCUGAUGCCAACCCUGCAAAUAUUCGCAACCUCAAGUCUGAGCAAAUGUCUCAUCUUGUCAAAAUUCCUGGUAUCAUCAUUGCUGCCACCGCUGUGAGAGCCAAGGCUACCAAGAUCUCAAUCCAGUGUCGCAGCUGCCGAAACACAAUUGGCAACAUAGCUGUACGGCCUGGUCUAGAGGGAUAUGCCAUGCCACGUAAAUGCAACACGGAACAGGCUGGCCGUCCAAAGUGCCCAUUGGAUCCUUACUUUAUUAUACCUGACAAGUGCAAAUGUGUAGAUUUUCAAACAUUGAAACUUCAGGAGUCUCCAGAUGCUGUGCCUCAUGGAGAGCUCCCACGACAUAUGCAACUGUAUUGUGACAGAUACUUGUGUGAUAAAGUUGUCCCUGGAAAUAGAGUGACAAUCAUGGGCAUUUACUCCAUCCAGAAGAGUGGAAAGACCUCCACAAAGGGCCGGGAUCGAGUGGGAGUUGGGAUCCGCAGCUCCUAUAUAAGGGUAGUGGGCAUCCAGGUGGAUACAGAAGGCACAGGAAGAAGUGCGGCAGGUACUAUAACACCACAAGAGGAAGAGGAGUUUAGGCGCUUGGCUGUAAAGCCUGAUAUCUAUGAAACUGUUGCCAAAAGUAUCGCACCCUCCAUUUAUGGCAGUACUGAUAUCAAGAAGGCCAUUGCAUGCCUGUUGUUUGGAGGCUCCCGAAAAAGGCUUCCAGAUGGAUUGACCAGAAGAGGUGAUGUCAAUUUAUUGAUGCUUGGAGAUCCUGGGACAGCUAAAUCACAGCUGCUGAAGUUUGUAGAGCGGUGCUCUCCUAUCGGGGUUUAUACUUCUGGGAAAGGCAGCAGUGCAGCUGGCCUUACUGCUUCAGUUAUGAGAGAUCCAGUGUCCCGUAACUUCAUUAUGGAAGGAGGUGCCAUGGUGCUUGCUGAUGGAGGGGUGGUCUGCAUUGAUGAGUUUGAUAAGAUGCGAGAGGAUGAUAGAGUUGCUAUCCACGAAGCCAUGGAGCAGCAAACUAUUUCCAUUGCAAAAGCUGGCAUCACUACCACACUAAACUCCCGCUGUUCUGUUUUGGCCGCUGCCAAUUCAGUAUAUGGACGGUGGGAUGACACCAAGGGCGAGGAGAAUAUUGACUUCAUGCCCACCAUCCUUUCUAGGUUCGACAUGAUCUUCAUUGUAAAAGAUGAACACAAUGAGCAAAGAGACAUGACUCUUGCCAAGCAUGUUAUGAAUGUACAUCUCAGUGCACGUACACAGAGUUCUUCUGUGGAAGGAGAGGUGGACCUCAAUACCCUUAAGAAAUUCAUUGCCUAUUGCAGAGCAAAAUGUGGCCCUCGACUCUCAGCUGAAGCAGCAGAAAAGCUGAAGAACCGGUAUAUUCUUAUGCGCAGUGGAGCUAGAGACCACGAGAGAGAGACUGAAAAGAGAUCAAGUAUCCCAAUUACAGUCAGGCAAUUGGAAGCCGUUGUUCGGAUAUCUGAAUCUCUUGGCAAGAUGAAGCUCCAGCCUUUUGUUACAGAGACAGAUGUAGAGGAAGCACUAAGGUUGUUUCAGGUGUCCACAUUGGAUGCUGCCAUGUCUGGAAGCCUUUCAGGUGUGGAAGGCUUUUCUACACAAGAGGAUCAGGAAAUGUUAUCCCGUAUUGAGAAACAGCUGAAGAGGCGUUUUGCAAUUGGUUCACAGGUGUCUGAGCACAGCAUUAUACAAGACUUUCUCAAACAGAAAUACCCUGAGCACGCCAUCCACAAGGUUCUAAACCUCAUGAUGAGGAGAGGAGAGAUUCAUCAUCGUUUGCAGCGCAAAGUCCUGUACCGACUCAAGUAGAAGCCAUAACAGUCAUUGUGAACAAUCUGUUGCAGCUUUGCAUUGGAGACCUUAUUGCUUAGGCAUGGACACCAAUAAACGCAUAAUACUCUCCAAAUGAGAGUAUUCAAGAGACUCGAUAGAAUAUUUCACUGUUAAUAGACUGGAAUGUAUUGUACAAUUUACAUACAAGGUCACAUUUGUAGGAUCCUAAACGAAGACAUCGGUAACUAUAUCUAUAUAUCUAUUAAGGUUGAUGCAGUUACAUAUUUCGGUGCCACAAAAGGUUUGUAUAUAAUGGUCUAUAUACAGAUUAAUUGGAACAAAGUGCAUGAAUUGCACUUUGCUGGGUCAGCAAAUGAAGAGCAAAGCUCUUCUUCCCAGAGCAAGUUAAAGCAGUAACUGUCAUGCAUAGUGAACAAUUGCACUUGGAUAAUAGACAGUGUGUUCAUAGGGAACCUUGCAGACUUGCCUUGGGAUGUGUUCUAUGCAAAAAAAAAUGCUAUAUAUGCAAAAGAAUGCUAUAAAUUGCCUUAUUUCAGUGCUGGCCUAAUAUUCAAUCAUAUUCCAGGAGCCAAAUUUAUUCCUGUGAUCAUCCUAUACCACUGAGUCACUGGAGACUAACGUAGAGCUGUAAAAAUACCAAGUAAUACUGCAUCUGGUUUCCAUUUGUACUGAACUGCCUUAUCCUGUACACACACUUGGACUUUACAAAAAGAUAAAGAUAGCUAAAAAUGUU